UAUUGGUUAAUUGCACCAUUGGCAAUAUGGAUGGAGAAAGGUCAUAAUGCUCUGCUGACCAUUUGGUAUACCCUGCUGACCAGUUGUACGUAGUAGAAAAGCAUGAAAGAUGAAUGUUAAACAUUCCAAUUGCUACGAAUUUUUAUCAAGAAAUGGACUUAUCAUUAGCGUGUUGGUUGGUGUGGUUGUGGGGUUCGCCUUAGGCUUUGGUCUUAGAGUCGUGGAACCUUCAAAUGAUGCUCUCACAUGGAUUGGUUUACCGGGAGAAAUUUACAUGAGGAUGCUUAAAAUGACAAUUCUUCCUUUAGUUGUGUCAACUAUCAUUACAGGCACAGCUCGUAUGGAUCCGAAGUCUAACGGCAGGAUAAGUGCCUUGUCCUUUGGUUAUAUUGUAAUCACCAACACAAUAGGAGCUAUCAUCGCCAUCCUGGUAUUCUUAAUCAUUCAGCCAGGUAAGGAUGUAAAGGUAUCGGGAUCAGAUUAUAGUGGUUCUAUACAUACCGACAUUGAAACUAGCGACUUGUUUGCCGACAUGAUCAGAAAUCUAUUUCCUGAUAAUUUGGUUACUGCUUGUUUCCAGAAGACUCAGACAAGAUACUCCCAAUCCACUAGAGUUUUAAUGGUGAACGGGACCAAUAGUUCUAUAACAGUUGUGCAUAAAGCGGUCUCCUCCACCGGUGGUCUUAAUAUACUAGGGCUUAUCAUUGCAUGUAUUCUGUUUGGUAUCGCAGCGAGUAAGCUAGGAAAACGCGCUGAUCCAUUAACAGAUUUUUUUGAAACCAUAUCCAUUAUUGUUAUUCAUCUCUUAAAUUGGAUUAUCUGGAUGACCCCUGUUGGAGUUGCAAGCCUUAUUGCUACAGCAAUUCUAAAAGCCUCUGACAUAGAAAACGUCUUCAGCAGUCUUGGAAUGUUUGUUCUGGCUCAUUCUGUUGGAAUCAUUUUUCAUCAGUUGGUCCUAAUUCCGAUUACUUAUUUCAUAGCUACAAGGAAAAAUCCUUUCUACUUCCUUGGCACCUGCCUGCGUCCCUGGUUAACUGUGUUUGGGCCGCCCAGCACUGCAAUUGGAAUACCAGAAAUGCUCAGAACACUUGAUGUUAAGCUACACGUUGACACCAGGAUUUCCAAUUUCCUUGUUCCUGUAGGAGCUACUUUGGAGCGAUUGGGAAGCUGUAUAUUCAUCUGUUUAUCUGCCCUGUUUAUGGUACAGUUAGAAGGAAUGUCGUUAGGUGCCUCUAAGAUACUCUUAAUUGGGAUGUUGUCAUCCGUGGGCUCCCUGGCUGUUCCCUCCGUUCCCAGUGCCAGCAUUGUCUCCAUUCUAGUCGUCCUCUCUUCCUUAGAUGUUCAAGUAAACAACAUAGGUCUACUCAUGGCAUUGGAAUGGUACAAUGAUCGUAUCCGGACUACAAGCAACACAAUGACAAUUAUAAUCGGUGCUGUGGUAAUCGACAGACUGUGUAGCUCUACUCUGAAGUCAGCUGAAGACAGCACUCCCAAGGAAACCCCAGCAAUCGAAUCGGAGGUCAAAAUAAAAACUACGAACGGAAUAGGAACGGAAUUGGGGGUCAAUGUAAAAACAGAAAACGAAACUACCUCCACAAGGUUUUAGAGCUAAUUUUAUGUGUGAAAUGAUUGAGCGUGACAUGAUAAA